GAUUUUACCACUAAACCACUGACGCUGGAAACUAUGCCUAAGAAGACUAACCAAUGAUAUCUAAAGCCCUAAGUGACAGAAGGAAUCCAUGCUGAACUGAUAAUCGGCGAUUCCCGAAGCACUAAACACAACCAGUAUCCAGGCUACACAUACUGCAUGCAAACACGGCAUGGACCCGACGACAAAUGCAAAAUGCAUAUAGCUCACGCAGGAAAUAUGUACGUCCAAUCAUUGCGGCCCUUCCCAUGGCAGAGAAAGGGAAGAACCGCACCCAAGAUCGAGCGCUGAAGGAAGGACAACCCCCCUUCAAUUCCUCUCCAUUCUGUUCGAAAAUCUACGAUUUGGGUCGUGGGUCACAAGCCAGACUGCGUAAGCGCAGCCUGGGGACCUCGUAAAUCGCCUUGGAGCUAGUUUCGAGAACGUUGAAAUUUGCGUUGUUC